UAUAAAAAGUAAAACUGUCAGUCGUCGAUUGUUUGGUGUUUUCUAAAUUUUGCGAUUUUUAUUUGCGAAAACCGAAUCUUAAAAUAUCGGGACAAUUAUGAGACAUUUAUGAAGUUAUGAAUAUAACAGUGAAAGUGGAGAAAUUCAGGAAGCUUUUCCUGUAUAUAUUUCAGAAGUAGGUCAUUGCCUUCGUAACGGAAUUGGUUACCGGACCCAAGUGGAGUGCUCAGAUACGCUGUGUAUGCGAUUUAUGAUAUCGGAAGAAAGUGGAAAUGGCAGAAAAUGAUGAUUAUUUAGAUUCGAUUGACAACAAUCACCUCGACGGCACCAACGGAUCCUUGAACAUGACCGACAACAGCCUCGCCGGUGAUAACGAGGGUGCGGUGGGCGGCGAGGUCCCCGACCUGGCGGCCAUCAAGGCACGAGUGCGGGAGAUGGAGGAGGAGGCGGAGAAGCUCAAACAGAUGCAGACCGAAGUGGACAAGCAGAUGAGCAUGGGGAGCCCGCCUGGAAUCACAAGUCCACUGAACAUGUCCAUUGAGGAGAAAAUAGAAGCCGACAACAGAUCAGUGUAUGUCGGCAACGUGGACUAUGGAGCCACCGCUGAGGAGCUCGAGCAACACUUCCACGGAUGUGGAUCCAUUAAUAGGGUUACAAUUUUAUGUAAUAAGUUUGAUGGGCAUCCUAAAGGGUUUGCCUACAUAGAGUUUGGGGACAAAGAUAGCGUACAGACUGCAAUGGCGAUGGACGAGUCAUUAUUUAGAGGGCGUCAAAUUAAGGUGAUGCCAAAACGUACUAACAAGCCAGGGCUCUCGUCGACGAACCGGCCGCCGCGGGGCAUGCGCGGGCGCGGGCGCUCGUUCCGCGGCGGCGGCUUCUCGCCCUACUACUCGGGCUACCGGCCGUCGCGCCGCGGCAGAGGGUACAGACGCGGCUCCUAUCUGUAUUCACCAUACUGAGUGCGGUAGAGAGGGGCGCCGCGCGACCGUCGCCCCUAGCGCGCUACUUAUAAGGCCCAGUGUCGUAAAUCUUAAGUUAUUGACUCUGAAUCACGAUUCUAUAAUUGAACCACCGUGUGAAGUAUUGACACUGAUAAUGUAGGUUUAUAGUGAAAAGCUAGACUAGCAGUAGUAUGAUGGUGUGUUGUGUCCGCCGAUUUAGAUAUAGCGAUGUGUUGAGCCAUCCGUCUAACUUAAGAGAAGGGAUGAUUUUUCAACAUUGAUCUAUGUAUAAAAUGGAUCUGGCGAACAAAAAAUAGUGAUGGCACUGUCUGAUUUUAAGAUUAGACAAAUACUAUAUCGCUUUUAUUCCCUAGACAUAACUGUUUAAAAACCUGCCCUCGGUUAGUAAGGAUUUAUUUUAAUUCUGAUUAUUUCUCCGUUGAUAUCCAUCCGUUUAUACCCUUUGUAUUCUGUGUAAUUAAUGUACCUCUGGAAAGCCUU